AUGAAUGCAGGAAGCUAUUUAGCCGCCGAGGUGUUUCAACAAAGCUGUUACACUUCAAGUACAGAAAAGACGAUUGAGGAUUCAUUAAAAGAGCUGGAGACAAUUUUCUCAUUAGGCAAUACAAAAAUAGGAACGGAGCAGCGAGAUAGCAAAAUGUAUGGAAGUGAGGAUAUGCUUUGGGAACCAAAAACGAGUUCUAGUAGUGAUCACUCGAUGAUAUCAAAAGGCAUAAAAUGGGAUAGCUUAGAGCAGGUAAUGCCAAAUGGCAUAUGUACGGUUACGAAUUGUACUUCCAGUGCGUCUUCGAUGGAAAAGAUAUUUGGUAAAGCUGAACCAUCCAAGCCCGAUUCAAAGCAGAUACUUGUUCCCCAGGGAUCCCGCGUUUUUGUGAUCAAAUCAAAUAGUGAUGAAAAUGUGCGUAUUUCAUAUGAUCGAGGCAUUUGGUCGUCAACUGAUUACGGUAAUUGUCGCCUCUCAAGAGCAUACAGAAAUCUUCCUAAAGGAGCGAAACUCUUUCUCUUAUUCUCCGUAAAUGGCUCAGGCCAAUUCUGCGGUAUAGCAGAGAUGACAUCAGAUGUGGACCGAGCUAAGACACACGUUUGGGCCGAGGAAAGAUCUUAUAAAGGGUUGUUUUCUGUCAGUUGGAGACUCGUUGUUGAUGUUCCCAACAGAGCUCUUAGAAAAUUCGCGAACCCUAAGAAUGAAAUGAAACCAAUUACGCAGUCCAGAGAUACACAGGAAAUACCAUUGGAUAUUGCUCGAUCUGUGGUUGAGGUCUUCUCAGCAUUUACAGGAAGUCACCAGACCAGUUAA